CGGAAAGUGGUUUCUUGGGCCUCCUAGCGUGUUUUACUGAUAAAAGAUAGCAUUUUACGCAUUCCUCCAAUCGCAAUGGCUGCAGUAGCGAAAAGUGUAGUUCAUAAAGAGGACGAACCGCCGGCGGAGAAGAAACCCAAGCUGGAGGAUGAUAUCGAGGACGAUGAGGAAGAGGAUGCGACCGGGAACCGUGUCGUUAAGCGGAAACAGACCAUCACGGAUCGGUCGAAACAGUGCCCAUACCUGGACACGAUCAACCGGCACCUGUUGGAUUUCGACUUCGAGAAACUCUGCUCGGUGUCGCUGACGCGCAUCAACGUGUACGCGUGUCUGGUGUGCGGCAAGUACUUCCAGGGGCGCGGAACAAACACCCACGCCUACACGCACUCGGUGGCCGAAUCGCACCACGUGUUUCUGAACCUGUCCACGCUCAAGUUCUACUGUCUGCCGGACAACUACGAGAUCAUCGAUUCGUCGCUGGACGACAUCAAGUACGUGCUGGAUCCGGUGUUUACCGUGCGCGAUAUACGGCACCUCGACGAUGAGGAUGUGAAACAGUCCCGUACGGUCGAUGGAACGUUCUACAAUCCCGGCGUGGUGGGACUGAACAACAUCAAGGCGAACGAUUACUGUAACGUGAUCCUGCAAGCCCUCUCGCACGUGAAACCGAUUCGAGACUUUUUCCUGAUGGAGAAGAACUACGCCAACAUCAAGCGCCCACCGGGUGAUACGGCGUUCACGUUGGUGCAGCGGUUCGGUGAGCUGUUGCGGAAGCUGUGGAACCCGCGUAACUUUAAGGCGCACGUGUCACCGCACGAGAUGCUACAGGCGGUGGUGCUGUGGAGUAACAAACAGUUCCAGAUCACCAAGCAGGGCGAUCCGAUCGAGUUUCUGUCGUGGUUCUUGCACAGCUUGCACAAGCAGCUCCGCGGUAACCGACAACCGAACUCGUCCGUCAUCAAUCGGAGUUUUCUCGGGGAGAUGAAGAUCUACACCCGUAAACUGCCACCGACGGAGCUGGACGAUGUGCAGAAGCAGCUGCUGCUGGCGACGGACGAGUAUCAGGAGAAGGAGGAAACGUCCACGUUUCUCUACCUAACGUGCGAUCUGCCCGCCACACCGCUGUUCAUCGAUGAGCUGCGGGAGAACAUAAUUCCGCAGGUGAACCUGUACCAGCUGCUGGCCAAGUUUAACUCCAUCUCGGAGAAGGAGUACAAAACGUACAAGGAGAACUUUCUCAAACGGUUCGAGAUCACGCGCCUUCCCAAGUAUGUGAUCCUGUACAUCAAACGGUUUACGAAGAACACCUUCUUCCUGGAGAAGAAUCCCACCAUCGUUAACUUCCCGGUCAAGAACGUUGAUCUCGGUGACAUUUUGACGGAGGAAAACAAGAAGACGCAUCCGUUCACCAAGUACAACCUGGUAGCGAACAUCGUACACGACGGAGAACCCAAUUCGGGCACGUACAGGUGUCACAUUCUGCAGAAGAGCACCAACCAGUGGUACGAGAUGCAGGAUCUACACGUCACCAACAUUCUGCCUCAGAUGAUCACACUCACCGAAGCGUACAUUCAAAUCUAUGAGCAACAGGAAACGGAUGAAACGUAAGCGAAAAUGGUGACGGUAGGACGGGAGAAAUGAAAUGAUUUCGUUUCCAAUUUUGUAAAGUAAGUUUGGUAAGACAGCUACCGGUGCAGCGCUCGACAACGGUCUUGUGUUGGAUUAACUUUCUUCGUUUUUAGA